CGUCCGCGUCUUUCAGCGUUUAGUGGUUUUCGCAGCGUCAGACCGUUUUGUCGCGUCCCGGCGCUUAUCGGUUUGUACGAUAACGAUAUUAUAGUAAAUAUUGCAAGUUUUUUUCUGUUUUUCUAUGUAACUCAUUCGUGCGAUUGUUUUUAAAUUUUUCCUCGCGUUCGACGAAUAGUUUAUUUUUUAAUCGAGUUGCGAUUUUAGUUUCGAGAAAAUUUUGCUUCAUUUUUUUGCGCGAUUUUUAACGUACAUAAAUACCGCGAAGGUUCGAAAUAUAAUAACAAUUUGAAAACUAUUCGCGAUCUUGUUGCAUAUAUUUCGGAACGAGUUUAACGAACUGUCUUCGAGUGCAGAGUGUACUGUUUCUGUUUUGUUUUCAAUUUGUGUAUAUGGUUCGUUGACCAAAUCGAUAUUAGACUAAAGAAGACAAUUCGCCGUUUAUUUUGCAUUCGCCGAUGUAAUUCAAGUGUUCGCGUGCAAAUUGAUGGAUUGAUGCAUUAUCUGCAGUUGUUACUAUUGAGAUGAAAUUAAUGCCGAUACAGCUUUCGCCAAUCCAGCCAGGGAAUGCAAGAAAUAACGACGCACCCCUACAUUCGCCUUCGUCCAUUGCCGCCGGCUCGUUAUUUGGUCAAUCAGUUAACGGUAACGCGAACUUGGAUCAUAGGAUGUCGUUGUUCAAUCAUUCCGAACUGAUUUGGCGAUACGGACCGUUGACUUUUUCAUCGGCUGCGCCCGCCGCGGCUGCGGCCGCUACAUACCCUCCGUUAGAUUUUAAGAAUCAUUUACCUACCAAUUUAGCCUGUGAUCCUAGACUAUGGAAUAAAGAAGAUGUUCUAGCCUUUUUGCAUUGGUGCGAGAUCGAAUUCGAUUUACCUCGCUUCGAUAUCGAUUUAUUUCAAAUGAAUGGAAAAGCUUUAUGUUUGCUGACGAAGCAAGAUCUCGGCGAAAGAUGUCCGGGAGCUGGUGACCUUAUAUAUAACGUGCUUCGAUGGCUGAUCCGAGACGGUACCAAUGGCAGCCAGCAACACUUACCACAUAGUCCUGUAACACCUCAUUUUCCUAUAACGCCGUCUUGGUGUCUACCUAUACCUCCGCCGCAGGAUUACUCGCAUGUCAGUUCGGUGGCUGGUUCAUUCCAUAAUUCGGUUACGCUGAGUCCGGCUCCUUCUGUCGAUAGUCAGUCUGGCAGCCCUAAACAGCCCGAUCAAUCGACCUCGUCCGCUUUUGCUGUUACGUCGAAUGGAAAUUCGUACAGAAAUGGCGUAGCUAAUGGUACUAAUAAUUCGGGAAGUAAUCAGUCAGACUCGGAAGUAGAAGAAAAUGCCGAUAAUGUACAUUCUCCGACAUCGAUGCCGCUCGCGUCGUCUACCAGUUCGCCUCCAUAUUCGCCUAGACCUUUGUCCAAGUCGUCCUCAAAUCAGAUAUUUUUCCCUUCGACAGAUAACUCCAAUUCGUCGGAACCGAAUACGAAUGGACGACUAUUGUGGGAUUUCUUACAACAAUUGUUAAACGAUUCGAUGCAAAGGUAUACGAAUUACAUUACGUGGAAGAACCGUGACUCGGGCGUGUUCAAAAUCGUCGAUCCGCCUGGUUUAGCCAAACUCUGGGGCAUACAGAAAAAUCAUCUGUCCAUGAAUUACGAUAAAAUGUCGCGAGCUUUAAGAUAUUAUUAUAGAGUUAAUAUAUUACGUAAAGUUCAGGGAGAACGUCAUUGUUACCAAUUUUUACGAAACCCGAGCGAAUUAAAAAGCAUAAAAAACAUAUCGCUACUGCGGCAGCAAAUGAGCCCGUCGUUGAACCAGUCCAAAGUGAAACCCGAACCACAAGAAGAAAGUAUGGAAGACGAUAUCGGUCCGACUGAUCUCAGCAUGAAUCAGAACUCGUCGAGUAGACUUCAGAGUCCGGCCGUUAUCAAAGAUAACCAAGAACGGUUUCAGUUUCCGCAAGAUUUAAGCGUUAGCCCGAUGCAGCUUCAGGUCAACAUGGAAGCUCGCGAAACUUUUACCAGACAAUUAGAUAAUUUACCUAGUUCUCCGAAUGGCGUCUCGUCUCAGAUACAAAUCAAAGUAGAAGAAGCUUCCUAGUAUUGGUAAGGUAAUUAAUUUUUGUUGAAUGUUUCGUUGUCUUCCAACCGUUGAAUAUUACCAUAGAGAGAUGCAACGUAUUUAUACAUCAGUUCUCCGGCAUGGGCGCCUGUAGCUUUCUUCCAGUUUGACGAGGGUCCGAAGAAGACAGCUUAUUUAUUAUAAGAAUUUUUAAUCUUAUAAACAAUUUUUAUGAUUCAAAAUGGUGCAAAAAUGUAUUCCAAUGAAUAUUUUCAUGUUCGUGAAAUCAAUUAAGUGAAAAUAUUCCUUCACCCUGUGGAAUUUUGCGCUGAAAGGACGUGAAUUUGAAUACUUUUACCGCGUAAUUUACAUAAAAGUAUUUUAAAAAAUCAUAUUUUUACUUUUUAUUUGCAUCUUUAAAAAAAAAAUGAAAAGCCCAGGCGCUCGUGUUUUCCGGCCAUGUAGCCUUGAAAUAGUAUUGCAUCGACAAUCAGUAUUACGUCGCUAAAUAUUCUGUGAUAUGAUGUUUCAAAAAAACAAAAAACAAAAAAAGGAAAGAUGUUUUGGAAUUUUAUUAUCUCAUUUCUCUUUUUUUAAAAAAGGCUGUUCGACGUUGUGUUCAUUUCUGGUUUUUAAGCUGCUCUUCGAUGAAUAUAUUUUUUUAUAAAGCGAUGAUAUUUUUAAACUGAAAAAAUUUUAUACACGCGGAUCAUUUUACAAACAACGCGCCAGUAAUCAAACAACGAACGUAAUCCCAGUUUAUUUAUUAAACUAUUUAAUUUUUCUUGUUUUUUUUUCUAUUUUGUAAAUAAGGGAUUUAAAAAAAAAAUUAAUUUAACCGUUUAAUUUUGUUUGUCGUUUUUUUCAAAAAUGUUUUUAUUUUAUGCUUUUCACUAUGUAUGUGGAAUUUGAUUCGAGUUUUGUUUCGUUUUUUUUUUCUUGUUCUUAUAGUUCGGGCACACGAAUGUGAAAAUCAGUUUUUCUGUUUCUUGAUUAGUAAAUCAAAUAUUUUAUUUUAAAAAGAUCUCAAAAUGUGUAUUAAAAGCACUUGGAUAUUAAUUUGGGCUAUGUAAAUUAUAAGUUUGUACAUAUUUUACCGCUUUUUCUCGUAUACAAAUAUGUAUUUUUCAUUUCUUGUAAAAAUAUUAUAAUUAUUUCUAUGAAA